AUGGGUUGCAUAAAUUCAACACCUCAAAACGCUACGGAGUUUAAGCCAACAGAUAACCCUGAUGUAUCAGCAGAAGUUUCUAUUACUAGCCCAUCUAAAAAUCUCCCAAGAGACUCAAUUCUUAUUAAUCGCAAACAGUUCAUUUUUUCGCGUCUCGGACAAAUUACUGAUUACUAUAUAAUUCAUGAUGAAAUUGGCUCAGGGGCAUUUUCUACAGUUAAAAGAGCAACCCAUAAAGAAACGAAUCUGCCAAGAGCUAUAAAAAUAAUUUCAAAAUCUGGAAUUGCUGAUGAGGUAAGAGAAAAGCUCAAUGCUUAGAUUAAUAAAUUCUUAGGGGUCACUGGAAUUUAUUUCAGCUUAGAUUCGCAAUUAGGUGGCGCUAGACCAUAUUCAACUAACGCCCUUUUCCCGUCGACAUCAAAAAAAUGGUGACGUUAGAGAGGCUUACCCAUUCAGGUCUUGAUCCUUGACCAGCGAUUAAAAGCUGCCUUACCAUCAGCAGAGCUUGACUUAUUGCUGAAUCGCCUAGAAUAUCCUUUUUGGCCUGUCUUAGCACUAUUACAGACUAAAGAUUACCUCCAAAGAUAUGCAGAAAUGAUGCUAAGCCUCAGUUUAGUCUGUAUCGGAGAAUUAUAGAAAUUUCCCAUAGAUGGCGCAGUUUGCCCUUGGGAAAACUUUUUGGUUCGACCAGUACCAUAUGGUUUGGUCAAACCAAAAAAUUUUGUCAGUGGGCAAAUCAAGGGCAAAUAGCGCUAUCUAUGGGAAAAUUCUAUAUUACAAAUGGGAUCCACCGUCUUCUGACUUGGAUCAACUCUUAGGACAUUAAUAACUUAACUCUGCUAGCCGUUUUAACAAUUCUAAAGAUCAAUGAAGAAGUAGAAAUUCUUAAAGAGCUUGACCAUCCGAAUAUUAUUAAAAUUUAUGAAAUUAUUGAAGAUGAUAGCUCACUGAAUAUUGUUACUGAGUUAUGUGAAGGUCAAGAAUUAUUUAAUAAAAUUGUUGAGUGUAAGCCUUUUUCUGAAACACAAGCAGCUAUUAUUAUGUAUCAAAUUCUAUCUGGGCUGAUUAUGGCGCAUCAGCGUGGCAUAGUUCAUAGAGACUUGAAGCCUGAAAAUCUCUUAUUUCUAAACAACAGUAAAGACUCCCCCUUAAAAAUAAUUGAUUUUGGUUUAUCCCAAAAAAUCAAAGCUGAAAAUAAAUCAGUCAAUUUUGUAGGAACUGCUUAUUAUAUAGCUCCAGAAGUGUUAGAAAGCAAUUAUAAUACAAAGUGUGAUCUAUGAAGCUGUGGAGUUAUUUUAUAUUUAAUGCUGUGUGGGCAUCCUCCAUUCAAUGGAACUUCUGAAGAGCAGAUUUUUAAAAAAAUAUCAAGAGGCGUUUUUCCAUUCAAAGGUAAUGAAUGAGCUGUGGUGUCACGUGAAGCUAACUUCCCCCUUCUGUAAAUUAACAAAAUUGGAAAAAUCCUUUUUUUGCGCAAAAACCCACCCUCCGUGAGUGAACAAAAAUUUUUUUAAUAGAAAAAAUUCUAUGAAAAAAAAUUGAUAUAUAUAAGUGAUAAUUAAUAUAAAGUAAUCUCGAGCUAAUUUAUUUAAUUUUAAACAAAUUGCAUUUUAAAACAUAAAUUUUAUAAAUUAAAUUAAUAUUUGCUUCCCAAUUUUUGCAAAUUAGUUUUUUUAAAAUUUCGAAAAAAAAAUUUUCUAUAAAAUUCAUAUAUAAAUUUUUUUAAAAAAUAAAUUAACCCUCCUCUGUGAGUGAACAAAAUUUUUUGUUCACUCACGGAGCGGGGAGUAAGAAUUUAAUCAAAAAAAUGCUAACAAAAGACAUAUCAAAACGAUGCAGUGCUGAAGAAGCUUUUCAAGACCCAUGGGUGCAAGAGAGAGUUCAAGGACUUGUUGCAGAUCGGCUGAUUGAUGAAAAUGUUCUGUUAAAUCUUGUGCAAUUCAGAACCAGAAAUAAGCUUCAACAAGCCACAAUGGCAUUUAUCGCAAGCCAUUUUGUAUCAAAUCAAGAAAUUGAAGGCCUGAGAAAAAUGUUUGUCACCUUGGAUGCUAAUGGUGAUGGAAAGCUAAAUUUAGAUGAAUUAAGGAGAGGCUUUGCUAAAUACCCAAAUUUAUCCAAGAUGAAUAUUCAAGAAAUACUUGAAAAUUGUGAUGUGGAUAAUAAUGGAUUUAUUGACUAUAACGAAUUUUUAGCAGCAACGCUAAAUUGACAGAAAACUUUAUCACAUGAGAGAUUAGAAGCGGCAUUUAAAGCUUUUGAUUCGGAUCAAAGUGGAAGUAUAACAGUUAAAGAAAUUAAGUCAUUUUUAGGAGAUGAGUCAGAGCUGGAGGAAGGAAUUUGGGAACAGAUUUUAAAAGAAGCUGACACUAAUGGAGAUGGGGUUUUAGAUCUAGAAGAAUUUAAAAAUGUGAUGCUGAAGAAAAUUGAUUAA